ACUACAAUUUACUAUUUUUUUUCUUAAAUUUACGCAAAUUUUUGCAAGGGAUAAGAGAUCAUAAGAUUGACACUCAAAUAGGGAGGAGGAAGAGGAAGAGGAAGAGGAAGAGGAAGGAAUAGAAAACAAGUUGGUACCAAACACCGUGUUCGAGUGUUAAAAAGACAUGAGAAGAAGGGAGUAGAACUAGAAUUGAAGAGAAAAUCUUUCGCAAAUUCCGGUGAAGCCAUGGCGAUGCGGGAUUUGGUUACAGGAGCUGCUUCUUGUGACACCUCUUCCUCUUCUAAUCCUCUCGGUUCUCUCGCCAACGCCCUUAUCGGCUCAUCCUCAAAAACACAGGAAAGGUUGAAGGAGAUCCCAACAGCAACCUCCUCGGGUUCCAGCAAUCAAUUUUACCCGAAUUCUGAUGGGCAGUUUACGUCUCUUCCCGGUUUAGAGUCAGAGUAUCAACUCAACCAGCAGCACUCAGUUGGCCAGGACGUGGGGUUUCUUCAAAACUACCGUUCUGCUAGUCAUGGUGGAUUUACAGAAGCUUGGGACGAGAUACAGCCUGGGAGAGAAUCAAAUUUUUCUGAACGACAACACGUUUAUAAUGAAGGGUUUGCUACUCCAACCCCACAAUCUUGGGAUGGACCACCACAAAAAAUACUGUCGGGAUUUCUGCAUUCCUUUGUUGAUAGUAGCCGUUUCGGUGCACCUUUUCGGCCCACUGCACUACCUAUGUUGGGGUUGACAAAAGGUGAAAAACAAUGUAUCCGUAACCGCAGCAGCAUCAUGGCUCGACAUAUUUUUUCAGACAAGGGUGAGGACUUCGUUAAUGCACAGGUGGAUGCAUUACUAUGUUCUCUGGAUAUUGACAAUGAUAAUCAAAUAAAGGGGCCUUUGCCUGGCAGGGCCAGGGAGCUGGAAGGGUACUGGAAUGAGUCACAAGGAAUUAAUGCUCCUGUUGCUGAUGGAUGGGUUACUGAGUUUAGGCAGCUCAAGUCGGAACCUUUCAACCCGAAUGGUUGGGCUAAUUUAUUUGAGCAGGAACACGGUCCUAAUGGUUGGGCCUCAGAGUUUGAGCAUAACCAAGCUCAGGUUGCAUCUCUGAAUCAACCGUCAAGUCAACAUAUAUCAAGAUUAGCUGGAAUGGAGCAAACCCGUAUGCUAGCGCACACAUUAGCCCAAAACAAUGACCCUAAGUUUCAGAAUUCGAGAUUCCUUCAGUUUGUAUCAAAGAUGAGUCGUGGUGAACUUUUUGUUGAAGGCAAUCAAGUCAAGGAGAGUUCAGGAGACUGGGCAGCAGAAUACCAAGAACGUCAUGAUGGGGGUCUUUCCUGGGCUGACCAGUUUUCUAAGGAGCUCCCUCAUGGUAAUGAUGCAUGGGUUAAUGAAUUUACCACUGGUAGAAGUCCGGAGUUGUUGCCUGAGGACAAGUGGGUUGAUGAGUUCUCCAAAUUAAAUGUUCAAGAUUGGGCGGGAGAAUUUGAGCAUCAAGCCGAAGGUGCAGUUGGUGAGGACAAUAUGGAUGGCUGGGCGAGUGCUUAUGAUGAGUAUCUUAAUGAGCAAUCUGCUGCAAAGCAUAAUUCAGAUUCGUCAAAGGGUGUCUAUGUAUUUUCUGACAUGAACCCCUAUGUUGGUCACCCUGAUCCUCUAAAAGAAGGGCAGGAGCUGUUUAGAAAGGGGCUUCUUAGUGAAGCAGUGCUUGCUUUAGAGGCUGAAGUUUUGAAGAAUCCUGACAAUGCUGAAGGUUGGAGGUUAUUAGGAAUAGCUCAUGCAGAAAAUGAUGAUGAUCAACAGGCUAUUGCGUCGAUGAUGAGGGCUCAAGAAGUUGACCCGGCAAACCUAGAAGUGCUACUCUCUCUCGGAGUGAGUCAUACAAAUGAGUUGGAGCAAAAUGCUGCACUGAAAUAUCUAUACAAAUGGCUUCAUAAUCACCCAAAAUACGGGACACUUUCACCUGCAGAGCUGCCUGAUUCUCUUUAUUAUGCUGAUGUGGCAAGGAUAUUUAAUGAGGCUGCUCAGAUAUCGCCCGAGGAUGCUGAUGUCCAUAUUGUAUUGGGAGUACUUUAUAACUUAUCUAGGGAAUAUGACAAAGCCAUUGAUUCAUUUAAGACAGCGAUAGAACUAAAACCACAUGACUACUCUCUUUGGAACAAGCUUGGUGCAACACAAGCUAAUAGCGUUCAGAGUGCAGAAGCAAUUGAAGCUUAUCAGCAGGCCCUAGAUCUGAAGCCCAAUUAUGUUCGUGCAUGGGCAAAUAUGGGUAUCAGCUACGCCAACCAGGGCAUGUACGAGGACUCUAUCCGUUACUAUGUUCGUGCACUUGCAAUGAACCCAAAAGCAGAUAAUGCAUGGCAAUAUUUGAGGAUUUCUUUGAGUUGUGCUUCAAGAAACGACAUGUUGGAAGCAUGUGAUUCCCGUAAUAUUGAUGUCCUUCAGAAAGAAUUUCCUCUUUGACUGCCUAUGUUGCCCCGUGAGCAUGUUUGACAAUUUGUAGGUUGGUACUUGGUAGGCAUUUCGCUACGAAAGCUUGUAAAAGCUUUGAAGAUGAAGCUAAAAUUGAUUUAGCCCCAAUAUUUCAAUUAUACUUUAGUUUUGUUGAUGUAUAAAUUAAUUGUAUUUUUAUUAUGUUGACAUACUGCAAUUCACAAAACAACGCGGUUGUUCAGGUUUCUAUACCCUGCCGAGGUUUACAUUUUUCUAAAUGUACAUCCAUUCGAGCUUAGAUGAAAUUGCAGAGCUGUAAAUAUGUAGUUUACAAAGUACAUUUAAAUUUUACGUUACUCAAUCAUUUUCGAAGA